AUGGGCUGCAAAAAUUCGAUCUGUCCACAACAAGGUCAUUAUGAUUUAAACAAUCAAGAAGUCCAACAUCAUCCACAAUCUGAUACAGUUAUUCCUGUUACUGCGGCUGCUAUACCCACCCCAGAGUCAACAGCAACAACAGCCAAAAAAUCGGACACAGCUACUUCGUGUAGUAUCAAACUUUCACCAAAAACGCUACUAACAUUAUUAAGUGAUCCAAUUCAAGCCGUUGAUAUUGACAACCCACAAUUAAAAAUUAUAACCAAAAUAAAUGGACGGUCUACACCUGUCAAUAAAAUGGUAGCACAUAGAUUCAAUGCUUUCCUAUAA